AUGGCGGAGAGCCCGGCGGCCGAGGACGCGGCCCCGGCCCCGGCCGCGGUGCUGGGGGCGGCCGGCGGCGGGGGCAGCGCCUCCCCGAGCGCCGCCGGCUCGGCGGGCACCCCCGGCGUCUUCAUCCCCGCCGAGCUCUGGGCGGCCGCGGGUUUCGGCGCCGCCGCCGCCGCCGCGCCCGGCACCGGCGUGGCCCCCGCGGGCGGCGGGGCCCCGAUGGCGGCGGCGGCGGCGGCGGGGGCCGCGCUCCUCACGCACUCGGCCUUCUGGGACCCCACGGUCAGCGGGGACUGGGACAGCGAGAGGCCCAGCCCGGCCUGCCUGCUGCGGAUCAAGCGGGAUAUCAUGUCCAUCUACAAGGAACCACCCCCAGGAAUGUUUGUUGUGCCUGAUCCCCACGACAUGACCAAGAUUCAUGCAUUGAUCACAGGCCCAUUUGACACGCCUUAUGAAGGGGGUUUCUUCUUGUUCCUGUUUCGCUGUCCUCCAGAUUAUCCCAUCCACCCACCCCGGGUCAAACUGAUGACAACGGGAAAUAACACAGUGAGGUUUAACCCCAACUUCUACCGCAAUGGGAAAGUCUGCCUGAGUAUUCUGGGCACCUGGACCGGGCCUGCCUGGAGCCCAGCUCAGAGCAUCUCCUCAGUCCUCAUCUCCAUCCAGUCGCUGAUGACCGAGAACCCUUAUCACAACGAGCCCGGCUUCGAGCAGGAGAGGCACCCCGGGGACAGCAAGAACUACAACGAGUGCAUUCGGCACGAGACCAUCCGCGUGGCAGUGUGUGACAUGCUGGAAGGGAAGUGUCCCUGUCCCGAGCCAUUAAGGGGUGUAAUGGAGAAGUCCUUCAUGGAAUAUUACGACUUCUAUGAAGGGGUGUGUAAAGAGAGGCUGUACCUCCAAGGACAAACGAUGCAGGACCCUUUCGGUGAAAAGCGAGGCCACUUUGACUACCAGUCCCUCUUGGUGCGUUUGCAAGGAAUCCGGCAGAAGGUGCAGGAGAAACACCAGCAGGAGAACCCGGAGAUAGACUCUGAGAGCAGCUCCUCCGAGACAGAGACAGACACGCAGGGCUGCUCCAAAGCUUAGAGCCUCGGGCCUGCUCUGCCUGCACGCCCUGACAGACUCCACAACCAAACCACUGCCAGAGCAGGGGGCACGGGGGACUCCUCCUGCCUCCCUGCGCUGCUCUGGUGGGAAACGCUGACUGAGGAGACUUCACGUAGACAAAGCCGAGCUUGUGACAGGCUACUCGUACAAGGUACUUCCUGCGCUAGAAAGCCGGAGCAUGUGGCAUCAGGUUAUUUUUCUUUUGGAAACACCUACACUGGUUGUUUGAGGUUUCUUUUUUUUUUUUUUUCCUCCCCUCCAUUUGAUUAAAGAAUGAGAUCUAGACUGCAAACCCUUGACAGCUUUUCUGUUCCUAGACAGUGAGCCCUUCCCCUGAACGUGGAGCUGUGGCUGGGGAAGCGCUUUGAUGAGUCCAGGGUGUGUCCAGGUGAAACCUGGGAGAGGUGGAGCCUCUCUGCUCCGUGGAGCCCAGCUACCUGAUGUCUUUCUUCUAGGCAGACCAAAGAUAAAGAGCAGUGGUGGAGUUUGGGCUCCUUUCUGAAAGCUUUACUCAAGCCCCGGGUGACUUUUGAACUCCGGGUGCAAAGGGGCAGAUGGAAAGUGGAAGCUGCAGGGAUCCGUAAGUGGAGUGCAGGUGUGUCCAUCCUGGCGUUUUUGGGGAAGGGAGGAUGAGGGAACCACUGGUCAGAGAUGGGGGGAGCACUUAUAAACCAGUCUAGUUUGUGCAUUAUUUUUUUAAGAUUUUGAUUUGAAUUUAGCGUUCUGGAAGCGUUUCAUUCGUGUUUCCUCACCUGAAGUUCUCUGCUUUCCACCUCUCCAGUCAGCGUCACAUGUUAUUUUCCUCCCAUCUUCCUCCCUCCCUGCUGCUCCCUUGGUCCAUCAGAUGGAAAUGCUGGAGUAAGGGGCAACUCCUGGCUGGCGUUUUUUGGAGGUGGACGCCUUGUUACGGACAAAUUCCUUUGCCAAACUUGGCUGAGUGUUGGAAGCCUUGAACACUUGAGCGGAUCUGAGUGUUUCAAAGAGCAGGUUUAUCCUGUGAGUGAAGGCCACCCUCUUGGAGAGGUGUCUGCUGGCUGUGCCAUUCCCUCCGACGUGUUCAGUGGGUGGAGAUGAGAAACCCACUUCCUCCAGGUAACUGAGCCUGGGGAGGAUUGAUUGGAGCAGAGUUUUGUUGAUAAGAGCUUAUGAUCUUUUUUUUUUUUAAUUUUUAAUUAUUUUGAUGGGAGCUUUGAUAGAAAGCUAAGCAUGAAGUUGCACAUUGUCCUGGGCCCUCUCCCAGUUUCCUUAAACACCUUCCCACCAGUCUGGCCCCGUUGCAGAUUCCUGGUGGUGGUGGGAGAACUUCCAACACCAGCACAGCGAGGCAAUGCCCCGUGUGCCAUGGGAUUAUUCCCAGCCUUUGUGAUUUAUCUCAACCCUCAGAGCCCUCAGAACCCUGCACUCUGCCAGGCUGAAAGGUGGAAACAUUUCGGAAUUAAGGUGUUGUUUAACAACUGGAGAAAUUUGGUUUUCCUCCUUGAGCAAACUCCCCUGGGUCACGAUUUAGACUCAAAAUCUUCCCUGCAGGGAAAGCUGAGCUGCCACAGGACUCGCUGAGCAGGGGGUAAAGGAAGUGGGGUUCACCGUGGGAUGAGCUGUGGGUCUCCUGAGAGGUCUGUCACCACCUCCUCAACCCCACUGUAAAUGUCACGUUGUUUGUCGCCCUUCGGUAGCGUCGUGGGUGGAGCUGUGGCUCUGCUGCCUCCCCGGGGCAGGGCUGGCUCUGAACUCGUGUGUGGUGCAUGUGGUGUGACCAUCACCCAUCCAAGGAAACGAGAAAAUGCCUUAUUGUGGACACUACUCACCCACCUCGCAUGUGGCUGUAAGAGAAGUAUUAGUUUUCUAGCUCUGACGUUCUGUCCUGCCAUUUCUGAAUGUCUCCAUUUCCAAGUGACAAUCCUCAAUGACUGCUCUAGGCAGAGAUGUUUUAGCAACAGAUUUUUAGACCUAAUUGAGUUGAAAAUAUAUGCACAAGAGUCACUCUAAGAUACCUUGUUUAUAUACUAUUGUACAUAAGAUUCUUUUUUUUUUUUUUCCUUUUUUUUUUCUUUUCUUUUUUUUUUGUGCAAUAAAGUUUGUUUUGGCAGAA